AUGUCAGAAGUAAUUCACACCGAGGAGAACCGCGGAAGGGAGGCUGCUGCAAACUUGGGCAAGAGGGCGAAAGACAAGUCACGGGAUGUGAUGAGUGCCAUGGACACCCGUGUGGUCAAGAUUGAAUUUGCUGUGGCCGAUGUCAAGGAGCGUCUUGAUCGGCUGGAACAAGCGAUGGGGCAACUCGAUGGCAACGUGGAAAGCCAAGUCGAGGAAUUGCUUGAGUCCGUGCGGGACACCAUCCGGAUCAACUCUGAAGCGCAGAGACAAGAAAGCUAUGACUUUCAGGAACGGAUCCUGAAGGCUAUUUGUCAACUCCAAGACCAAGUCCAAGAGCUGAAGGAAGGCUUGGAAGAGACACGGGCGGAUUGGGCCAUAUGCAAGCGAGCUGUGGCUAAUGGCGGUGUUGCCACUAAUGCGGGAUUCACUCCAAGGCUGGAGGCGCCAAAGCCUAAGGAGUUUGAUGGCACACGGGAUGCUAAGGAGCUGGAUGACUACCUUUGGCACUUAGAGAGGUAUUUUGAAGCUUUAAACUUAAACGAUGAGCUUGCGAAGGUACGCACCGCUUCUCUCUACCUCACUAAGUUAGCUGGAGUUUGGUGGCGUCGUAAGCACGCUGAAAUGGAAAGAGGCAUUUGCACUAUCUCUUCAUGGGAACAAUUCAAGAAUGAACUAGUGAGACAAUUCUAUCCGGAAAAUGUGGCAUAUGAAGCACGUUUGAGGAUGAGGGAGUUGAAGCACACCCACUCUAUCCGGGAUUAUGUCCAAGAAUUCUCUGGGUUAAUGCUUCAAAUCCCUAACAUGAGUGAUGAUGACUUGCUCUUUAACUUCACAGCUGGGCUUAAGCAGUGGGCACAAUUGGAACUACAACGAAGAGGCGUCAAGGAUAUCUCCACUGCACUCACCGUGGCUGAGACAUUGGUGGAAUACACGAAGUCGGAGGCUUCUAACUUGGAGUCCACCAAGGAGGGUCAAGGCAAAGGUGGGGGAGCCACAUGCGCCAAAGAAUGGAAGGAUUCUAAGGCUUCAAGGUACAGAGAAGGUAGAAGCAAGUCACCAACGGGCAAAGAUUGGAGGAAUGAGUCAAAGAAAGAAAGCAAGCCCAAGGAUAACUGCUUCAUCUGCGAUGGGCCACAUUGGGCGCGCGAUUGCCCAAAGAGGAAGAGUCUUAGUGCAAUGCUGGAAAAGCAAGAAAGGGAAGAAAAUGAGGAGCAGGCUUGCAUGGGUUCUCUGCAGCUGCUUGGUGCCAUAGAAGCGAAGCCUACUGCAUCAACCCAUGGGGAUAAGGGUUUGAUGUACGUAGAGGGCAAGAUCAAUGGGAAGGCGGCCCAAGUCAUGGUAGACACAGGGGCUUCCCACAACUUCAUCAAAGCGGAAGAGGCCAAGCGGCUUGGUCUAAGAUUUGACAGGGGUCAAGCAUUAAUGAAGACAGUGAACGCCAAGGCAAAGCCUGUGGAUGGCAUGGCUCGAGGGGUCGAGCUACACCUUGGUGGAUGGCGCGGGAAAGUGAACUUCUCCAUAGCAUCACUCGAUGACUAUGAUGUGGUGCUAGGGAUGGAGUUCUUGCGAGAGUUCAACGUGGCAAUAUUGCCUCGUGACAACAAAAUGUGCAUCAUGGAGGGUGGGCCUUACAUGGUGCCAAUGGCGAGCAAGGAGAAUACUCAACUCCAACUUCUAUCUGCUAUUGAGUUGGGGGCGGACAAAGACAAGGUAGAAGGCGCUACCAAAAAGAUGAUUAGCGGGCAAGCGGCCAAGAAGGUUCUCUCCACACCGCAAGUCAAGGGAGACUCAAAGAAGGGAGAGACUACCUACCAAGCUAUCCUCCAAGGCAAAGGAGGAGCAAAGAGACUUCCACCAAGGGGAAAGGUGGAUCACAAGAAGAAGAAAAAGCAAGGCGCCAAGACAACUUAUCAAGCACAAAGGGCAAGUGCAACUCCCUAUGGCAAGGAGGCAAGGAAAAAUUUGCAAGGAAGGCGCGACGAGGGCGUCGCUGCAUUAGGUGGGGGAGAAUGUCACAGACAGAGAAAUCCUGAUGCUACCCUCACUAGAAAAUGCUGGAAACUUAAGGAGAUUGCUGGAACUCUCUAG